CUAUCUAGAUACAAUGCAUUCUUCAUAGUCCAUCAUCAAUAUACAAUUGAAAUCAGAGAGAAUGGAUCCAAGAAGCCCAAGGACCAUCACAUGUAAAGGGGUUGUGGCAUGGGAAAAGGGAGAGGCAUUGAAGGUGGAAGAGAUAGAAGUAGAUCCACCAAAAUGUUCAGAAGUUAGAAUCAAGAUGUUGUUUUCCAGUUUGUGCCACACAGAUGUUCUAUUUCACAAUGGUUUUCCUAUUCCACUAUUUCCACGAGUACUUGGACACGAAGGAGUCGGACAGAUAGAAAGUGUUGGUGAGAAUGUUAGAGACCUAAAAGAAGGAGAUUUAGUGAUCACCGUUUACUUAGGAGAAUGUAAAGAAUGCUUGAAUUGCAAAUCAGGAAAGUCCAAUUUAUGCCUCAAAUAUCCUUGGUCAAAGAGUGGUUUAAUGCCGGAUGGCACGUCAAGAAUAUCCAUUAGAGGCCAAAGACUAUAUCACACCUUUAGUUGCGCCACAUGGUCGGAAUACGUUGUUAGUGACGCUAAUUACGUCGCUAAAAUCGACCCCCGCCUCCCUCUCCCACAUGCUAGCUUCCUGUCCUGUGGAUUCACGACGGGUUUUGGGGCACCCUCAAGGGCAAUCCACGUCGAAAACACCUCAUCGGUUGUCGUGUUCGGUCUUGGUACCGUUGGAUUUGGGGUGAUUGCAGGAGCUAAAGAGCAAGGGGCAACCAAAAUAAUUGGGAUUGAUAUCAAUGACUUUAAGCGUGAGAAGGGAGAGGCAUUUGGGAUGACUGAUUUCAUAAACCCUAAAAAUUCUGAUAAAAAAAUUUCGGAAUUGGUUAAGGAUGUCACAGAAGGACUAGGUGCUGACUAUGCUUUCGAGUGUACAGGAGUUCCUGCUUUACUUAAUGAAGCUAUUGAUGCAACAAAAGUGGGAACUGGUACGACGGUAGUAAUUGGGGCAGGACUUGAUGAAACUUGGAAAAUUAGUGUUGCCUCUAUCUUGUUUAGUGGUCGAACAUUUAAGGGAUCAAUUUUUGGUGGUGUUCGAGUUAACAAGUGCAUAACCAAGAAAAUCCAGCUAGAAAAGUUGUUAACUCAUGAAGUCUCCCUGGAAGAAACAAGCAAGGCAUUUGAGUUGUUAAAACAACCAAAUUGUGUCAAGGUUCUUAUCAAAAUUUAAGAAAAAAAUAUCCAUUUCUAUCAACAUGCAUUAUAUGUUCCUAGUAAUUAUUUAGAAAUUUGGUUAUAUAUCUGUACGUGUUUGUCGAUCAAUGUAUGUAAUAACAAGUCGUUGGCUUGCUAGUACGGUUUAUUUUAAUUCGUAUGUGUCGGUUUGUGAACUAUUAAACAAGGGUGAAUUUAUUCGUUCGUGCACACUCACAGAGUAGU